AUGUUGACGGAAUGCAGGUUGGCUGACAUUUGUUUAACAGACCAGAAAUCCAAAAAGAAGAAAAAGUCCAAGAAGAAAGGCACUACUGCCCCGUCCCCGGCAGUAGAUGCUCCCACGAUCGCCGUCGAGCCCGAAACUCCUGAUCCUGGCGACGAACUAGAGACAAAGGAUACGGCAGAGAAAGAGAGCGAGGACACAGAACUAGAAGAUGACACCAAGGCGAGUGUGCACGCGGACAGCAAGCAGGAGUCUGUCAACGAACCAGAACCAAUACCAGAAAAAGAACCAAGCAUACCUACGACGGAGGAGACAAGUUCCGCAGCCUUGACAAAUGGGGAUGCCAGGACUGUGAACGAAACAGAGAAAUCCGUCGACAACAACGAUGCUGCAGCACGGUUUGACGCGCUCGUCAAAGAUCGCGAUGCCCUCCGUCUUGAAGUCACUCAGCUCCGCCAGUCACUGGAGGAACUACGGUCCAAACAUGCCACCGACAUCGAGACUGUCCGAAGCGAAUUGGCGGAGACACAAGCCGAGAAGGAAAGCGCAGAAGAGCAAUACCAAUCGCUACUUGGCAAGGUGAACACGAUUCGAUCUCAGCUUGGAGAGCGUCUCAAGGCCGAUGCAGAAGACCUGGCGCAAGCAAGGACCCAGAUAGACGAGCUGGAAGAACAAAAAUCCGAACUCCAAGAACGAUAUACCGCGCGGUCCGCCGAGGUCGAGGAGCUGACGGCACGCAACCAAGACCUUGCCACCAAAGCGGCGGAGCAGUCCAAAGAACUGUCGACGUUGCGCAAUCGCCUGACGCUGGCCCAGCAGAAUUGGCUGAAGGAGCGAGAAGAGCUCGUCGACCAGGAGGCGUACCUUCGCGAGGAGUUCGAAAGUGCCAAACAGGCCAUGCAUGACUGGGAGGUCCUGGCCAUGGAGGAACGUACUAUGCGCCGCGAUCUGGCCGACCGGAACGUCGAUCUGGAGGAGCAGGUCUCUGCCCUGAAAGAGGCGUACGAGAAAGCCGCAAGCGAACGUGACACUCAAACGAACACUGUCGAUGGAUUGCAGAGAGCGCUUCAGGAGAUCCAAUCGGUUCGAAAGCAAGAAUUGAAGGAACUCGUCGAGGCGAAUCAGAAGGAGCAAGAAGAGCUACGCGCACAGCUGCACGAACUCCAGACGAAACACGACACGACUGUCGCCGAGCUGGAGCAGACCAAGAAGGAACUCGAAAGGGCCUUGCCUUUCGAAAAGGAGGUCAAGGAGAAAAACCUGCUGAUCGGCAAGCUGAGGCACGAGGCGGUCAUUCUCAACGACCAUCUUACCAAGGCUUUGAGGUUUCUCAAGAAGGGCAAGCCAGAGGACAAUGUGGACAGACAAAUCGUCACAAACCACUUCCUUCAAUUCCUCGCCCUCGACCGGGCCGACCCCAAGAAAUUCCAAGUCCUCCAACUCAUCGCCGCCCUGCUAGGCUGGACGGACGAACAACGCGAACAAGCCGGCCUCGCGCGGCCUGGAGGCCACGGCAGCUCCAACACCUUUGCCUCGAAUUCCAAUUCCCUCCGACUCCCCGGGUCGCCGCUCUUCCACCGCACGCCGAGCACACCAGCUUUGCACCAUGAGUACUUCGGCCCGGACAGCCUGGGUGUUUCUAGCCCUGGUGCAUCGUCGGCGAGUAAGGAGUCACUGGCAGAGCUGUGGCAGCAUUUUCUGGAACAAGAGGCCGGAGCGAGUGCCAACAAGUCAACGAAGACAGGAAACUCGAGGCAAAGUAGUCAAAGCACGACGAUACCGCCACCGACGCCACAAUAG